AAAAGUUUCUAUAGUAAGAGCCAAUUCCCAGGCCUUAUGAUGAGAAGGAUAAUCACAAUAAAUUGCAUAAGGUCUCCCUUUGCUCAGUCUAACUGCCUUCCAGAGCUUUGAGUUAGUUUGUGGAGAAGGCUUUUUCAUCCCUUUUCUUCGCUUUAGACCCACCUGUCCGAGUCAGAAGGGGAAGAAACCACAGUGAGACCAGUGGUGUUAUGCCUGGACGGAGCCCCACUUAGUGAGCUGUCCUGGUCCUCCUCUCUUGCUGUGGUGGCUGUUUCUUUCUCUGGACUUUUUACCUUCAUCUUCCUCAUGCUGGCUUGCCUGUGCUGUAAGAAGGGAAACAUCGGGUUCAAGGAGCCCCCAGGGAACCCUGGAUCAGGAUCCACGGCUCACGGGAGGUCUCCGUCUCCGCUUGCCCCCCACCAGGAGUUUGAGAAUGCCGAGGGUGACGACUACACCACCGAGUUCUCCGUGCAGGGGUCUCCGGCCACGCAGAAUGGCCCCGAGGUGUACAUACUGCCCCUCACUGAGGUCUCACUCCCCAUGGCCAAGCAGCCUGGGAGAUCAGUUCAGCUGCUCAAGUCUACAGACCUGGGACGCUACAGCCUCCUGUACCUGAAGGAGAUUGGCCAUGGCUGGUUUGGGAAGGUAUUCCUGGGUGAGGUCAAUUCGGGCAUCAGCAGCACCCAGGUGGUGGUAAAGGAGCUGAAGGUGAGCGCCAGUGUGCAGGACCAGAUGCAGUUCCUCGAGGAGGCCCAGCCCUACCGGGCUCUUCAGCACAGUAACCUGCUUCAGUGUCUGGCCCAGUGUGCAGAGGUGACACCGUACCUGCUAGUGAUGGAGUUCUGUCCGCUGGGAGACCUCAAGGGCUAUCUGCGCAGCUGCCGGGUGGCAGAGUCCAUGGUUCCGGAUCCCCUGACUCUGCAGCGGAUGGCUUGUGAGUUGGCAUGUGGAGUCCUGCACUUACACAAGAACAACUAUGUACACAGUGACCUAGCCUUGAGGAACUGCUUACUUACUGCAGACCUGACUGUGAAAAUUGGGGACUACGGCCUAUCUCACUGCAAGUACAAAGAUGACUAUUUUGUGACGGCCGACCAGCUGUGGGUGCCACUGCGCUGGAUUGCCCCUGAACUCAUUGACGAGGUGCACAGCAACCUCCUCGUCGUGGACCAGACCAAGGCCAGCAAUGUCUGGUCGCUGGGCGUGACAAUCUGGGAGCUGUUUGAGCUGGGUGCCCAGCCUUACCACCACUACUCUGACCGCCAGGUGCUUACCUACGCCAUCAAAGAGCAGCAACUCAAGUUACCAAAGCCCCAGCUGAAGCUGUCACUGUCAGACCGCUGGUAUGAGGUCAUGCAGUUCUGCUGGCUGCAGCCCGAGCAGCGGCCCACAGCAGAGGAGGUGCACCUGCUGCUGUCCUACCUAUGUGCCAAGGGGACCACGGAAGCCGAGGAAGAUUUUGAGAAGCGAUGGAAAUCCCUGAAGCCCGGCGGGACCAGUGGAGCCAACCACUUGGGGAGUACAGCUGAGCUGUCCUCCAGCUUCCCACUCCUGGAGCAGUUCUCGGGGGACGGCUUCCAUUCGGAUGGGGAUGACAUCUUGACGGUGAUGGAGACCAGCCAUGGGCUCAACUUUGAGUACAAAUGGGAACCCAGCCGAGCUGAGGCCUUCCAGACUCCUGCAGGGACCCUCAGCCCCCGCCAUGCUGCUCACUACCAGGACCUCUACUACCCAACUAGCUCCUCCACCAGCCACCUGAGCCUGGGGGUUUCACCUUCCUGCUAUGAGUGUCCGCCGCCUGGGGUGGUGCCCAUCCUCAGUGCUCACAGCCCUUCCGUGAGCAGUGAGUACUAUAUUCGCAUCGAAGAACCAGCUGACUGUGAUCUAGACUUCACCAUGUGUUCCUCUAGCCCUGAGUGCCAGCAGGCAUCUCCUGAGGCAGCCACCCCUUGGCAUGACAAAGAAGAACCCGUGGGGGGUACCUAUGACUCAGACAGCAGCCCUACUGUAUCACUGACUAUGGAGCCGCUCCUGGGGCAAGGACCCAGUGGGGAGGGGCCCUGGGAUCACCCUGACUACUACUCCCAUAUGAGCUGUAGCAAAGACUCGCUCUGUUACCAGCCUUCCCCUGCAGGGGACUCACGGACCGAAGACAGUUUGUUGGGGGAAUGCAGGGAGGGAGCCGACAAAGACUGGGGCCUGCCAGGCUUCCACCAGGCUUUUUUUGAGGACCCACUGGGAGUGUCCCCCUCAGGGAAUUCUGUGACUCAGGAGUCACCAGGUGGGGCUCAGGAGGCAGUGGUGGGAGAAUCAAUGAAACAGGAGGCACUGGGUAGCCCUCCUGAAUCAGUGACGAUAGAGUUGGGUGAACGGGAGAGUCAGCCCUGCAGCGGCUCCCAACAUGAGGGUGCUGAGGAGGCAAGCUUGGCUGCCCAGCAAAGACACUGGACCUCAAAUGUGUCUGCCAACAACAACAUCAAUAGCAGCUGUGCCCCCGAUUCCUGGGCUGCUCACUUUGUAGACUCCUACUUGGGAUCAGGAGAGAACCUAGGUACAGGACCUGAUCCAUGUGAGUUGCCUGCCCCAGACUGCCUACCAGACCUGCCCCUUCCUGAGGGUGAGGGGUUGGAGAUGGCUUUCCCUGGGCAGGAGCUGGGGAGCCCGCCUAGCUUUGCUGAACACUUUCAGGUGGAGGAGGACCCAGCCCCAGUUGCCAUCUCUCCCUCACAGAUGAUAGACAUAGAAACUGCAGAGAGAAGGGGUGUGGAUGAUGGGGCUGAUCAGAAAGCCACGGAGGAAGCCGUGGCCCCUUCCAGUUCUCCAGCUCUGUCUCCCUUGCCCUCUCCACCCCAAGGCAGAACCCCGCUUCUCUCCAGGGCAGCCAGCAAUCUUGUCCUUGUUCCUAAGCCAGAUUCCCCUGUGCCAUGGGACAGUAGCCAGAGUAUCAGCAAUGAGCCAGACCAGACACUGGACAGCAGCGGUAGCUUCCCAGAGCUAGAAGGGCCAGGUAGCGAGGAUGAAGACACGACCGAGGCCACCUCUGGUGUCUUCACGGACUUUUCCAAUGACUUCCUUAUCGAGAAGCCUGACACAACCCCCGCAUUCCGGUGCCUGCAGAAGCAGGUGGGAACGCCAGAUUCCCUGGAGUCACUGGAUAUCCCAUCCACGGCCAGUGAUGGUGGGGAGAUAUAUAGCCCGACGGUGUCCUACCCUACCACUGGGCAGCCUCGGGCCCUAGACAGUGGCUAUGACACAGAGAAUUAUGAGUCACCUGAGUUUGUGCUAAAAGAACCCCAUGAGCCCCGGGACUCCGAGGACUUUGGGCCCCUAGGAAAGGAGGAUGAGAGCCCUGGCUUAGAGAUGCGGCUUUCUUCUUCUAUCAGUGCUGAGCUGCAUAGUCUGAGUGAGAAAAACCCCUACCGAGACUCAGCCUACUUCUCUGACUAUGACACAGAGACAGAGCGGCCUGCCCAGGGUAGGGAGGAGGAUGAGGACAGUGAGGCUGGGGAAGGAGAGUCCAGCCCGGUGGGCCCAGAGACCCAAGGGCUCUCUCCCAACAACCAGGAAAUACCAACAACAAAGGAAGCAGGUGCUCAGCUUCCUCACUCACCUUCUGGGGAGCCCCCUCCAGAGGUGAUAGUCAGCCCAGCCAUCAAAGGGCAAGACCAGGAGAGCCCCAAGGACCCAGCAGAAGGGUUGGCCCCUGCCCCCAUCCCUGCCCCCACUCCCACUGCCCCCGCCCCUGCCCCAGCUCCUGCCCCAUCCAAAUUAUUCUUCCUGACUCCUGUCCUGUCAAGUCCAGAGGACAGUGGGGUUGAGGAAGGCUGCCACAAACCCCAGGAGGCCCCAGGCCUGUUCUCCACCUUGGCGGACAAAGGAACUUGGGACCUGGUUCCUGGGGCAGAGGUGCAAGAAUGGAAAGAAGCCACGGCCUGCGAGAUCACCCCGGGUCCCAAAGUGAAGCCCGGGGAGAAGCCGGCCCCACGUCCAACCCCUUUGCGCCUGGACUUGUCGGACCUUCCGGCACCCAAGGAGAGCCGGCCAGCGGAAGAGGAGGAGGAAGAGGACUCAGAGGAGAGCGAUGAGUCCGACGAGGAGCUAUGCUGCUACAACAUCCAGGAGCAGAGUGAGGAGAGCGAAGAGGAACCAGCCGCGGUGCCCAUCGUGGUGGCAGAGAGCCACAGUGCCCGCAACCUGCGCAGCCUCCUCAAGAUGCCCAGCCUCAUGUCCCAGUCCUUCUGUGAGGACCUGGACCGCAAGAAAAAGGCUGUUUCAUUUUUUGAUGAUGUUACUGUCUACCUCUUCGAUCAGGAAAGCCCCACAAGAGAACUUGGGGAGCAGCACUUCCCUGAGAUGAAGGAUGCAGCUUCCUCCUUCCUGCCAAGCAGCCCCAGUACCCUGAGCCCAUCUGACCCACUCAGAGCAGCAGACAACUUCUCUGACAGGACGGUCUCUGAAGAGAGUGGUGGGUUCGAGUGGGAUGAUGACUUCCCACUAAUGCCAGCCAAGUCAUCUUUUGUGUCUUCACCGGGGCCUGGAGUGCCGGACCCCAUGCUGCCCAACCUGGCGACCCCACCGAAGCAGGUGCUGCCUGUCCAGUUUUCCCGCUUCACUGUGUCUCCUAGCCCCGUCUCCCGAUUCUCCAUCACGCACGUAUCUGACUCGGACAUCGAGUCUGUAGGAGGAAGCAGUGAAGAUGGUGACAGAGAGUAAUUUGGGCCUGGAAGGCACUUCAGAAUCUAUAGUGCUGGCGUGGCUCUGUGGACCAGGGCAAGAAGAGGUGGCCCUCCUGGCCCCAACACGAAGCAGCGGAAGAGAUGGGGUGGGGGAGGAGGGGUGGGGGUUGUCCAGAACUCGGCUCUAUUUUUUUAGACAGAUUUUAUCAGAGGCAUUUGGUUUGCUGCUAGCUCACAGAGACAUCACCCCCCCACCCCCGCCUUCUGCCCCUUUGUCCAGUACAGGUGCAGCCAUGGACGAUGGUCUGUGUGGGCAUAUGUGCUUGAAGGCAUGCGGGUUUGUGUAUAAAUAUACAUAUAUAAAUGAUAGCGUUAAAGGGUAGACUUGCAGAAUCCUGCUCCCUUUCUUAGCCUCCCCUCUCGAAGGGCGUGACUACGACCCCAGCGCUGCUUGCUCCUCCCUGUGGUCUGUGACUUCUCGGGGCUCACCCCUUACUGCUGCCCCAGUGCCUCGUGCUCCCCUGCUUACUAGAGCUGUAGUGAGGGUGGGAGCCUGUGUCAGCCCCUCCCAGGGCCUCCUCUCUGCCCCUGCUCCCUCAGACCCUGCUGUACAUACACUGGAUUUCUGAAUCUCCACGCUAGUGUCAUUCAGUAAUACUGUCUCCCGUGACUUCCCACCGGGACAUGUUUCUACCUUGUCUCUGUCUACAACUCAGAUAGAUGGCUGGUUUCCUGAGCUGGCUCCUGGCCUGACCCUCCCUGUCCUCCUACCCUUUUGCCUAGCUUCUGCCAGGAGCUGGCUCUGCUGGAAGAUGGGGCAAUGGGAGGGACGGUUCUCUUUUUUUAUUCCCUAGUUUUGUUUUUGUCCUUAGACCUUUCCCAAGCAGAAGUCUGGGCAAUAUUUCCCAAGCAGCUGUUGCUGUCUGGCUAGAGCUGGGGAGGAGGAAAACUAUUGGGUCUUUCCCUCUAGAAAAUGAGGUUUCCUCACCCUAUGGCCUUGGUGCUUUGGGGCAAUGGGGAUGGGUGGGUGUUGCUACCAGUACAGCCUCAUUCAUCAGUGACACUAUGGGACUUCUGGGGUUUCCUGUCCCUCUGCCACAGGCUCUAUUCUAAAGGCUGCUUGUGGGGAGCAAGAACUGAGGGGGAGAGUUUGGGAUGACCUCUCUACAAGGCACACAGGCAGUAAAUGGGAGGGCUUACUGGGCCGUAAUUGCCCUGAGCUGCCAAGGAGAGCAAGGAGGGGACCCCUCCCAUCCAGCUGUCCACUUCCAUGUUCAGUGUUGGGAUCCCUAUUUCCCCUGCUCAGGGGCCAAGGAACAGGUUGGGUGGGCUGGGCAAAUGGGGCUCUGUGGGAAUAUUUUUGUAACGGCUAAUGCAGAGAGAAUGGGACCGUGAUAAUUUUAAGUUAUUGUUGCCAAAGAGAUGUA